AUGCCUGAGAAAGCUGAUAAGAUGGAUGAGGGCAUUCAGGUUGAGGAUGUUCUUGAUGAUAGUGAGGAGGAGCCUGUGGUGCAGAGAGAUAGUGUUAAGGGGACAGCUCCUGAGCAGGAUGAGAGUGUCCCUAGCAAGAAACCUGAGAGGAACAAGAAGGCAGGUGACUCGGUUAUACCUUGCAACCCGUUACCAUAUCCACAGAGGUUGUGGAAAUCAAAGGAGUCUGAUAGAGAGAGCAAGUUCCAUAAGAUGUUAGAUAAGCUGGAGAUCUCCCUGCCUUUUGUUGAAGCAGUCACUCAGAUUCCAUCGUACAAGAAGUUUCUGAAGAAUAUUUUAGGCAAUAAGAAAAAGCCAGAGAAGAGUGCGGUGGUGGAUCUGAGCGAAGGAGCCUUGACCUGUGCAGUUUUUCAACAUAAACUACCUCCUAAGCUGAAAGAUCCAGGUAGUUUUGCCAUCCCUUCCAUCAUUGGUGGAUUUGUAGUUGGGGGUGCUCUGUGUGAUCUCGGUGCCAGUGUUAGUCUUAUGCCAUAUUCUUUAUGUAAGAGGCUCAACCUGGGCACACCAAAACCCACCUCCAUGACCCUACAGAUGGUGGAUCGCUCCAUUAAGUGUCCGGUGGGAGUUCUUGAGGAUGUCCCGGUCAUGAUUGAUCAGUACUUUAUACCGGGGGAUUUCGUUGUUCUGGAUAUAGAGGAGGAUGCCAAGGUUCCUAUUAUAUUUGGUAGACCUUUUCUAGCUACUGCUGGUGCACUUAUUGAUGUGAGGAGAGGAAAACUCGUGAUGGAGGUAGUUGAGAACAAGAUCGAGUUUGACAUAUUCAAAAUGGCGAAACACUAG